CUUUUCGGACGUUCCUUACUAUGUCACUCUAUCCUGAAGUUCUCGCACUCUACUCUCCCUCGCCAUGCAAGUCCUUCUGGCUGGAAUCACAUCCAAGCGCCUGAUAUUUUUGCUCUUAUUGAACAGCUCGGCCAUGACGGUAUACAGCUCAGAAUCGUCCAAGGUACCAAUGAUCUGGUUCUCCCACUCACGGCCAUCAUCCAAGAGACUAGAGAGUUGCAUAAAAGACAGCCCAAGCAAUCGCCAGACAAUCUGCCCAUCUUUGGUCUGACUAAGGGUACUGCAUUGGCUGUUCGCUAUUUCUGCCAGAACAAUCAGGUCAGACGUAUUCAGUUGCGCUUCACCGAUGAAGCCUCCUGCAACGAAGCUGUACGUCUGCUAUCUGGUCACGGGCUCAUGUUCUCAAUGCCUCCCGCCAAGCAGAACACUCAGCCUCAAGCGCGUCCUAUGACAGCUAACUCAUACAUGGACCGUCAAGCCUCUGUGCAAUCCGCUCGCUUCGACCGUGAGACUUCCUCGAUCAUCGUUCCGACAAUUCAAGGUAUGGCUUCGAGCCAGCACAAUGACGACUCAACCAGCCUGCACAUGUUCACUUCAUCGCCAGGUCCAAAGGUGUAUGAGACCCGGGGCAUUCAAAGACAGCCAACGUUUGGUCCGAUCCGCACGAGCGAAGAACCGGCAGAAAGGCCUUCGACUGCGCCCAUCCAGUGGCCAUCAGACAUGGCCAGAACCAUGCCACCUCCUCGUAGAGAACUUCCUUUCCCCAAACCUUCUAGCAGUCCUGCAAAGAUCAAGAUGCUGCCACCCCUUCCGAAGCCAAGUUAUGCUUCAGAGGCUGCCAAAUCGGAAAAGUCAAUAAAAGAGGAAAGUCGAAGUGGUACGUCGCCAGAGAAGAAGAUUAGUCCGGGAAUCACGCGACUCGCCACUCCUCGAGGACCUACAAGAUUCGAGCCUCCAGCAUCGCGCAUGUACAACUUCCAGCCGAGCGAUGACUAUAAUACAAUCGUCAAUGGAAGCCCCGGGUACAGAGAUAUCGAUAUUUCGAGCAGCACUAUAGCUCGUGAGCCCGACCAAGAUGUUGUUCCGGAUACAGAUCAACGCUACCGUAGCAGCGCAAGUCCCGUCCACUUCGCCAGUUCCAGUCCGAAAGACAAGCCACUUCCAAGCCCAGAAAGCUCCUUGUGUUCGAGCCCUGAGCAGAUGACGUCUUCCAGCCCAUCGGAAAGACGUAGCCAACACCUCGCUCAUAAGCACAUUCUGUGGCAUCCGGAGAUUGAUCAUGUCGAGAUGACAGGACAUUCGCCGCAGCAAAAUGCCCAGCAGAGUCCGAAUAUGCAAGAUGUGGAAAUGGCAACAACAAAUUCGCCACAGCAACACGCACAGGACGUGCUGAGGCAAUAUGCCGAGCAGUCCAACGAAACUCGUGCAAAGGCCAUCGAACAAUUCAUCCUUGCCAAUCUCGAAGAUGAUGCUUUCCUCAAACUUUGUGUUGAUGUGGAGGCAUGUUGGCAGCGUCAAGUGCUGGACAGGCGUCUU